AUGGGUGCUGGGGGGGACAUCUUAAGUUUUACUUUCGAAGACUUUUUUUCCCGUCAAAACCAAAUAGAAUCAUCUUCUCGAGCAUCUGCUGUGUACUUGGACUGUAUGCCGCCAGUGACAAGUACGUGUCGAUGUGGGCAGGGUUUUAACAAAUGCCCAGAUGAUGAUUUUAAUUUGCCAUUUGUAAUGAUGAGUACACUGGACCGUGGUGAAAUCACUGACUCGGAUGCGAUUUCACAGCAAGUAAAACUUUGCUCUGAGGUAGAUGAACAGAGUAGAGAAACAAUGAAUGAAUUGUAUUCAAAACUCUACAAAGAGGCUGAGAAGAUCAAGCAGUGGAAACUAACUGUAGAGUCAGAACUAAAGCAGAAAGAAAGAAAACUGCAAGAAAAUAGCAAGAUCAUUGAAGCAGAGCGUAAAGCCGUUCAAGAAUUGCAGUUUGAAAAUGAAAAACUAAGUUUAAAACUGGAAGAUGAGAUAUGUGAAAAUAAAGAUCUCUUAAAAGAAAACAGUGCUUCAAGGCAUCUGUGUAAUCUGCUCAAGGAAACCUGUACUCGCUUCACAGACAAGUCCACCAAAUAUAAACAUGAAGGAGAAGAAACAAGACAACUGUAUGUGGAACUUAAUAACAAUGUUGAAAGAAUGAUAACGGCAUUUGAAGAGCUUCGUGUGCAAGCAGAGAACACCAGAUUGGAAAUGUGUUUCAAAUUAAAGGAAGAAGCAGAAAAAGUGGACAAGUUUGAAAAAGAAUGCAAACUGGAAGUCAGUAUGAAAGAAAAGCAGAUUUCAGUUCUUACCAUACAGAGUGAUGAAAAAGAUGAUAUCAUAAGAGACAUCAAAACUCAGCUGCAGGAAUCCAAAAAUAUUAUCACCAACUUAGUAGAAGCAAAAAGACAUGAAGGAGAAAUCUUGAAAGAAUCCCAGAUCAAUCAAGAACACUUGAGGGCAGAACUGGAAGAGGCCAAAGUUUCAUUGCAAAAAACAGAGGUUACGCAAAAAAACUUAGAAACCGAAUUGCAGACUGCAGUGAAAGCAUUAAUUCAGGUCACUGAAGAAAAAGAAGCACAGGUGGAAGAAUGUAAAAAAACUAGCUUUGAGACUUCUGUUGCCAAUUUGAAAAGCUUGCUGCAAAAAGAGCAAAAUAGAUUGGAGAAAUAUGAAGAUGAGUCAAAGCUACUUACCUUGGAGCUCAAAAAUAAGUCUGCUGAACUGGAAGAGAUGACUAAACUAAAAUGUGAGAAAGAAAUGCAACUUGAAGAGCUGUCAGAAACACUGGGAAAAGUUGAAGCACUUCUAGUGAAGAAGAAGGAUCUUGAGGCUACUGUAGAAAAUUUGCAGGAGAGAGAAAAAGAAAUGAAAAAUGCUCUCCAAAUCAGAAAGGAAAUCCAUGACUUGAAAGUACAACUGACCAGUACAGCUGAAAAGGAACGAAAUUAUUUAAAACAGCUUAUGACACUGAAUACAGAUCUUGAACGAGAGGCGCUAAAGAAUGAACAACAAACAGUGUAUAUCAACAAGCUUUUAUUAGAAAAAGAACAAAUAGCACAAGAGAAAAGUGAUAUGGCUACAGAACUCAAACUGCAAGAAAGUCAUGAGGGUAUUAGAAAAAAAGAAGAAAAUACAAAACAGUUAGUUGAAAAGCUGGAAGAAGUAAAUGGCCAGCUAAGAAAUGAACUGGAGUCUCUGAAGGAGAUGGCAAAGAAAGGUGAAGAGAUUAAAAGUAAACUGGAUGAAAGAGAAGAAAAUGCUAAGAGUAUUGAAAAUGAAAUUUCAAGGAAGGAAAAGCAGUUGAGGAUUCUAGAAAAUAAGUUGAAUAAUUUAAAGAAACAGGUGGAAAAUAAAACCAAAUGCAUUGAAGAGUUGCAACAGGAGGAAAGUGAGCUGUCAUGUUUGAAAAGCGAACUGUCAUCUCUUAAGGAACAACUUAAAGCAGAAAUUGAAGAGAAGUAUGAGGGAAGCAGGGAGAAAUUGAAACCCUAUGAAGAGCUGUCCAAGCUUGCAGGGAUGAUGUCAGGAAAGCCAAAGCCAAUAUGGAGCGACGUAGAUGAUGGGACAGGGUGCAGCCUCAGUAAGUUUGCAGAUGGUACAGAAUUGGGAGAAAUGGUUGAUGCAGCAGGUGGCUGUGCUGUCUUUCAGAGGGAUCUGGACAGGCUGGAGACACAGGUGAACAGGAAUCCCAUGAGAAAAAUACAAACUCAUUUUUCUGAGACUCCUAAACCUCAUUUAGAUCUGGACUAUGUAUCUAUUAAUGUAAAAAAUAAAAUGUCUCCAAAUGAUAUUCCUAUAAAAGUCAACAUGAUGGAAAAGAAAAAAAUGCUUCCUUCAAUAUCUGAAAAAAAUCCCUUGGGUAGUCCAUCGUUAAAGACAUAUAUUAUAAAGACUCCUCCAAUACAUAAACUGCAAAGUGAAAGCACAAAUCUGCGUUCAGAACAGUGCACGAGGAAAAAGCAAAAAGUGCUUCUCCGGCUGGAUGCUCAGUCAGAUAGCUCUGAACACAGUGACCUCCUGAGCAUCAUCUCAGAGGAAGAAAUGUUUAAAAAAUUGUACAAAGAUUAUCCUCGAGCUUCACAAUUAUAUGCCAUGACACCAAAAAAGAAACCAACUAUAUCAAAUGGGAAAUCUCCAGGCUCUGCACUGAAACUUACAACCAUGAGAAAAAUGCGAGAGGCUGGAUGGACUGCAGUUUCUAAAAUGGACAGGAAAAGAAAAAUUAAAGAAGCUGAAAAGCUCUUUACUUAA